AUGAAGGUCGAACUUCAAAGUGAUGAGUAUAUUCUGCAAACAAUGGGCUAUAAGCAGGAGCUGAAGCGGAGCUGGUCACUAUUCCAAAACUUUUGUCUAUGCUUCUCUGUCAUGAGCAUAUUUGUGGGUAUCGCUCCGCUAUAUGGGACAGCGUUGAUAACGGGUGGUCCGGUUGUUAUCAUCUUUGGAUGGGUCGUAGUAACCUGCAUUACACUCACAGUUGCACUGUCAUUGGCAGAAGUUUGCAGCGCAUACCCGACAAGUGGUGGCCUAUACUAUUGGUCUGCGGCUCUAUCCGAGCCAAAGUAUAGGUCUGUUGUAUCGUUCUUCGCCGGCUGGUUCAAUUUGAUAGGAUACCUUACAGGAUAUGCCUCAACCAAUUUUGGUCUAAGCAUGCUUCUCACGUCCGCUAUUACGAUUGCCACCGAUGGAGCUUGGAUAGCCACCCCAAUUUCCAUUGUAUUUGUCUACCUUUGCGUUAUAGUUAUCCAAGGCUUGAUAAGCACCUUUGCUCACCGAGUCAUCAAUAUCAUGAUGAUGAUAUCCAUGUAUUGGCAUUUAGCAGGAACACUGAUUAUCGUUAUAUCUCUGCUGCUAUGCACUCGAAACUCGCCACAAUCAGCCAAAUUUGUUUUCACCGACUUUGAAAAUCACACUGGUUGGGAGAACAGUGGAUAUGUAGUACUACUCGGCUUACUGCAAUCUCAAUUCAGCAUGACUGGGUACGACUCUGCGGCACACAUGACUGAAGAAACGCAGAAUGCCCAAAGAGGUGGCCCAAUCUCAAUGCUACUAGCUAUAUUAGCAACCUUCGUCAUUGGAUUGAUUUUCCUACUAUCUUUGACAUUCUCUAUCCAGGAUUAUGAUCGUGUCAUCAGCAGCAGCAGCAUACCGAUCGCGCAGGUGUUUUUGGAUGCUCUUGGAAAGCUAGGAGCUGUGCUGUGUCUGUGCAUCCUUGUGGGAGGAGUCUUUUUCUGUGGCUGCUCCGUUGUCACCUCAACAUCUCGAUUGAUAUACGCACUAAGUCGCGACGGGGCUUUGCCAUUCAGCAAAACUCUUUACAAGCUCCACCCGAAGACUAAAACUCCUAUUGCCGCCGUCUGGGCCAUAGCUGUUGCCGCUGGCAUCAUGGGAUUGUUGUAUUUGGGGAGUUCAACUGCAUUUUUGGCAAUUACCAGUGUGUCUACCAUUUCUCUCAACAUCACUUACGGCAUUCCAACUUUGUGUCUCAUGUUUGGUCGCAAAAACUUUGUACCUGGACCUUUCAGCCUUGGCAAGUGGAGCAAGUGGAUUGGUAUGAUUGCCAUCGCGUGGAUAUGUUUUAUCUCGGUCCUCUUCCUGCUCCCUACACAGGGUCCUGUCACUGCCAGUAACAUGAAUUAUGCCAUUGCCAUGUUUGGUGUGUUAUGGAUCUUGAUUGGUAUUUAUUGGUUCGCGCGAGGCAGAAAAAUAUUUCACGGACCGAUAAAAGACUCAGAACCGACCCCAACUCCUGUCCAUGACUUUGACUCGGCUGAGGGCAGCAUUGAUCUUGAUGGUUCUGCAAGUAAGCAGCCAAAUCGAUAUGGCGCAUAAGAACGCUCUACUCUAAGUAAACGAUAUUAUACAUGGAAUUGAGAACUUUUGAUGGUUGCCCUGGUCUAUUAAGUGUGGGAGUGGAAUGGAGACUGUUUGUUGCAAAGGUCCGAUAAGG